UUGUAGCGUGGUUGCGUUGUGAUAGCGGCAAGCUGCAUAGCGCCGGCGGCUAGCUCGCCUUCAACUUCAAGAAGUUGAAGAAGGACAUGGGUGCAAGCCAAAAAGCUCUUCCACCUUCCUCACAACCAACUCGUCAAUGUGAGGAUGAUCUUGUUUGCUUCAAGAUUCAGUGAAAGCUAUUCAUUUGGGGCAGCCUGAAUUGCUCUUAUGCACAGCCUGGUACAAAGUGGCGCCGAUGAUGACGGGCAUCAUUUGUGACAGCGUGGGCGGCCGUAAAAGGUUCUGCUCUAUGCGUCGGCAAAUUGAGCAAUGCUCAUAGCCCGGGGACAGGUGUGCAGAUUGCUGCUUCUGUAACCAGGAGCCAGCGAUCUAUUAGGGUUCUGAGCCAUGUCCAAUCGGACGUCCUUUCGGCCGCGGCCUUUGGACACUGGCCGGCAGCUGCCCUUGGUGCGCUCGCUCUCAGAGUUGGACAAUGAUGAAGCGCUGGUAUCGCGCUCUGUCCACCACUCACACAUCACCCUGGAUGCAGAAAACGAAGAGGUUUUGAAGACCAGCAACUCCAAGGGCGUCAGUGAGAUCCCUGUCCCGGACGUGCUGACGGUGCCCUCAUAUGAAACUGACUACACACCGACCUUCAAGCAGCCGCAGUCCUACAUCAGGAGCAAGCCAGCGCGAUCAGAGACAGAGACAUUCGUGGAAUAUGAUCUGGAUGAUGAGGACGAGGACUGGCUGGGAGUGUUCAACCAGAGACGGAGACUGCUCGCUCCUGAAAAGUUCGAAGCGAUGUUGUAUCGGUUGGAGAUAGGUGCUGCAAAGUUCCAGGAGAAAGCUGGGGUUCAAGUAGGGGUACCCAAUGCUCCGCUGCCGACCCAAGAGAUGGCCCUUGAGACUUUGCGGCAGAGCGAGGGCGGCUCCCGGCCAGCCAUCCUUUGUGCAGUCUACGAAUACUGGAAGGACAAGAGGGAGAGAUGGAACAAGCCGAUUUUGCGGCGCCUCCAGCCCCCUCCCUCUGUCACGGAUCAGAAUCCCUUCAACGUCUUCCGGCCGAGGGAGAGGGUUCACCGACCACAUACCCGCAGGAUGCAGCGGCAUGAAAACGAUCUACCCUCCUAUGAAAAGAUGCUCGAGAUGAAAAACAACCUCAAGGCGGCCAGGUCUCUUCUGACUGCUAUUCAAAAGCGUGAGAAGAAGAAGCGGGAGUUGACGGAGUGCGAGAUGCACGUCCAGCGACUCCAGAUGCGGCAACGGCAUGACCCGGACGCGGACAACGAGGACCUGUCCCUGAGCGCCAUGCUGCAGCCGCGGGUGCAGAAGAUCCGCAUCCGCAACUCCCACAUCGACAACGCGAUGCGCGCGGCGUACGACCACGACGGCGGCCACCUGCCGCCCGACGACCUCUGGCGCCCGCGGCUGCCGCUCGACCUGGACGGGCUGGCCGACGCAGACGGGCUGGCAGACCCGGCCAGGGCCAAGAAGCGCAAGCGACGGAAGAGCCAGCAUGGCAAGGGCAAGGGCGGUAUCAGAAAGAUCGGGGCCCUGGCGCCGGUGGAGCCGCUGGAGCACCCGCUGCUGUUCGCUCAACCCUUGAACCUGACGCACCUGCAAGCCGUGGGCAUCAAUCUGCCGGAGGCCGAUGGAUUGAACACACGCUUGAGGUGUCGGGCACGAAUAGGCCGGGGGGGCCGCAUUGUUUUCGAUCGCUUCUGCACGGUGGGCCGGCCACACCGCUCAGGUGCGACCUACUCGCAGCGCUUGGCACCUGAGAAGCAGCCCCUCUGGUCUGAGCGGGUGCAUUCACCAGAUGAAAACCGACCAGUCAACAACCUGUACACUAGAUGAGCGCCCUUUGUACAGCCAAUUGUACACUAUGUUGAAUCUAAAACGACCGAAGACAUUCGUGAUAUUGAUCCCAGAGCCCACAGGCAUAGUGCAGUCUAGCAAUUUGUGCGGUCAUACAUUUACUUGCGAGCGCACUAGAUUCCAAUUAUUUGGAGCCGUCUCUGCGGCAAGGGCCAAGCAACCGGGCGCUGGUACAAGUUGGCAUUCCGACUGUCACUGCGUCCAUAUUUACUGAGUCCAGCGUCUCAACUGAUGUUUGGACCCGUUUGUGAUUCCUGACCGAAACUGUGUGUCAGACCGUCUGAGUAAGCUGGCCCGCGGCGCC